UCAAUUUUUGAAGAAGCCUGGAACCCAUUUGGACCAUUUCAUAUAUCUUGUCUCUUUCUUGUUCUUCUUUCACUCUCUGAAGUGCAAAUUUCCCUAACGUGAAGGGCGCUUAGCUGCCACUUGAGGUGAUGGGGGAAAGUUCCAAAUGUCAAACAGUUUUGCCAGAAUCAUUGUGGGCUGAUGAUCCUGUUCAACAAAAGCGCAGUGGUAAAUUUCUUACUGGGCGAGAUAAUGCAACAAGGUCCCAGACACUCAUUGACCGCUCAUAUCGUUUUGGAAUUCCGAUAAAAGCGCACAGAAACGCCCCCCCUCUUUCAACUGUGAAGGAAGAACAACCAAAGGACAAUUACCAUAAGUCAUAUGAUGUUGAUCAAGCAGGCUAUGGGAUGAUUGCUCUAAAAGAUGUUGAAGGAUUUCCUACUUUCCUGAUAAAGAAACACCAAAUACCCAAGUCAUGGACUUUCCAGGAAGCUUCACACAAAAAUUUAGUGCCAUUGACAGAAUUCUACACAGAAUCCAGCUCGAUCUGUUUAGUCUAUGAGUACAUGCAUCUGGCUAUUCCACUAGGCGGCUUGGCGGGGGUCGUGGAUUUCAGUGAGGCGGAUAUAGCCACUAUUUGCAGAGAGAUUCUCGAUGGUCUUGUUUAUAUUCAUUCCAAGCUUGGCAUAUCACACGGCUCGGUUGAUUGCAGCAAUGUCCUCCUAAACAGGAAAGGAGAGAUACAAUUGGCAAACAUUGGACUUUGGAGACAGUAUGUUAAGCAGCAACAUACUGAGCAACUGGAAGGCAGAUGUAGCAGCUGUUGGUUUCAUUGUGAUCUGUCUCAGUGACAAAACUGCCUUGAUUUCAGGAGUCGCUCCUUUGAAAAUUGCGCUAUCAAGUCCAGCUCAUGGGUUUAUAGAAAAGUCAAAAAUAGAGUCAGCUAAAGAAC